AUGAACGACAGUGACAGUCUCUUUGUCGACGAGACCAAUCCAGCUCCAUAUGCACAUGGUAUGCACGAGAAAGGGCAUGUCGAAAAGGAGAAGAAGGACUUCACAGUGACUGAAAACCAAGACGAAGGAUCGGAACAGCAAGCGAAACACCAAGGGCCGAGUGGGAGAUCCAAACUACAAAAGGAAUGCAAAAAAUUCUUCGAUUCUUUCAAAAGGCAGCUUCCACCGGACCAUAAUUCUGAACUAGAGUCACAAGAAAAGAACAACCUGACAAAGUCCAUCAAAUCGCGUCAUUUGAUCAUGAUCAGUCUUGGUACAGGUAUCGGUACGGGGCUGCUGGUCGGGAAUGGCCAAGUACUCGGAACGGCGGGACCCGCCGGGUUGGUGCUUGGUUAUGGUAUCGCCUCUAUUAUGCUUUACUGUAUCAUCCAAGCUGCCGGUGAACUGGGUCUUUGUUAUGCCGGGUUAACUGGUAAUUACACCAGGUAUUCUUCCAUUUUGGUCGAUCCUUCAUUGGGGUUUGCCGUUUCCGUGGUUUAUACCAUUCAAUGGUUGACCGUUCUGCCGUUGCAGUUGGUCACGGCAGCGAUGACUAUCAAAUACUGGACCAACGUGAACGCAGAUAUCUUUGUUGCCGUGGUUUUCCUUUUUGUCAUUGUCAUCAACUUGUUUGGGUCCCGAGGCUAUGCCGAAGCAGAAUUCAUCUUUAAUAUCUGUAAAAUUUUGAUGGUAAUCGGAUUCGUGAUCCUGGCUAUUGUCAUCAACUGCGGUGGUGCAGGGGAUAAGAAGUUUAUCGGUACUAAAUACUGGCACAAUCCUGGUCCAUUUGCUCACGGUUUCAAAGGUGUUUGUACUGUUUUUUGUUAUGCCGCCUUCAGUUAUGGUGGUAUCGAAGUCCUCCUUCUAUCAGCAGCUGAGCAAGAAAAUCCAACAAAAUCCAUUCCAAAUGCCUGCAAAAAAGUUGUGUAUCGUAUCUUGUUGAUUUACAUGUUAACAACCAUUUUGAUUUGUUUCCUGGUUCCAUACAACAGUGACGAAUUAUUAGGCUCUGGGAGCUCCUCUGGGUCCCAUGCAUCUCCAUUUGUCAUUGCUGUUGCGUCCCACGGUGUCAAAGUCGUUCCUCACUUCAUCAAUGCUGUGAUUUUGAUCUCUGUUAUCUCUGUGGCCAACUCUUCGUUAUAUUCUGCACCAAGGUUACUGCUAUCUUUGGCAGAACAAGGAUUUUUACCUAAAUGCCUGGCGUAUGUUGAUAGAAACGGCAGACCUUUGCUUUGUUUUCUAAUUUCUCUUAUCUUUGGGUGCAUCGGAUUUGUUGCCACUAGUGACGCUGAAGAAGAGGUUUUUACAUGGUUAUUAGCCAUUUCCAGUCUUUCCCAAUUGUUUAUUUGGAUGUCGAUGUCCUUGUCACAUAUUAGAUUCAGAGACGCCAUGGCCAAGCAAGGCCGUUCAAUGGACGAGGUGGGAUACAGAGCUCAAACAGGCUAUUGGGGCUCUUGGCUUGCAGUUAUUAUUGCGUUAUUUUUCCUAGUUUGCCAGUUUUGGGUCGCCAUCGCACCCGUUAGUGAACAUGGGAAAUUGAAUGCUAAAGUGUUUUUUCAGAAUUAUCUGGCAAUGCCUAUUGUCUUGUUUGCCUAUUUUGGCCACAAGAUAUACUCCAAAUCGUGGAGGUUUUGGAUUCCAGCCGACAAAAUCGAUUUGGACUCACACAGAACCAUAUACGUCCCGCCAUCACUUAUAGAGACCAACAAGAAUGAAGACGAUGUUCUUAAAGAAUAUGAAACUUCAGAGUCAUCGGAAAACCUGAACGGCUCAAGUUCAAGAAAGUUUUUCAAGAGAAUGGUCAAUUUCUGGUGUUAA